UUUGUUUGGGCCUCUGCAUGGGUGUAUGGGUGUGUGCGUGUGCCAGCUCGCUCGCUCUUCCUCGCAUUCCUUCAUUCCCGUGCUGAUAAGCAAAGGGGAGCGCAAAAGAGAGAGAGAAAACCCGCGUCAGCUGUUCAUUGUUUUGGUUGUGUGCGCGCCGCACAGGUUUCGCCCGCUUUCCAGCUCGGUUCUUCGAUCAGUUCCGUUUGUGGAAUGGAAUGGAACCGCUCGUUCUUUUCACACCGCCAAUCUUUUCCGCCUCCCACCGCUUGCCACAAGCCGAACCGCGCGUGCUCUCGAGCGUUUUGUCGAUCGCCCAGCAAUUGAGUUUCCAUUAUCAGCAAUUGCCCGCGCGGUAAGAAGAAGCGCGACUACUGACGUCUCGCUCUCUGACGUCCACGUCUCCGUCCCAGUCCCCCUCCGGUGCUCCUACGCUCGCGAUUAAUAUUGUUAUUAUUGUGUGCUUCGUUGUGACGCAGUUAACGGCAAAAGCGGGGCGUGUUGUUGGUCGGAAAAGCCGCCAAGCGGACCAGGUGUAGGUAUCGCGGAAAGCUAGGAAAACGCAAAGUGUCGCUAUCAAAUCAACGAUUGAUUCGUUAAGGAACCGCACCAAUUAGCAAUUUAAUUAGUGACCAACAGCUCGCUUUAGUGUGUUUAUUAAUAAAUGUGCUAAUGUCCAGUAAAUCACGAUAAAUAUUUUCGUACCAAUCUCAGCGCUAUCAGCUACCAUUUGACCCGCGAGCCGCUUUCGGAGCGAUGGAAAAACCCCAACCAGUCGGAAAAAGGGCCAGUGCCAGUAGUUAAUUGCCAGAGAGACAUUAAAAAACCAUUAAAUGUGCCCCGUCACGACCAAUAAAAUCCAAGAGUGAAGUAUUUGCAUAGACAUCCCCUCGAAUUCGUCCCCCAAAAAUGAUGCUGAACAAAUACGAGAGCUAUCAACGCACAAGCCAGAUGUUUCCCCACCAGCAGCAGUCACUUCCGCAACAGCAGCAGCAUCAGCAGCAGCCGCAGCUGAUCCCGCAGCAAAUCCCGCAGCAAGCCAUCUUCCCGCACCUGCAAUAUGGAACUGGAGGCACUGGAGCGGCAGCAGCCGCCGCUGCCGAGUCGGAGCGUGAAUCCAUACACUCUGGCCAGUUCAUGGUGUCGCACUUUGAGGCCGAGGAGGCGCAGGACGACCUCGAGGAUGAUGGCGAGGUGAAGAUGCUUGAUCCCGAGGACCCUAGUCUGGACAAGACGGGCGAACCGGCCAACACCUGUCGCGAUGUCCAGCUGUAUGUGCCCCAGACGGUGGCCCACUUCAACCGGAUGGACCAGGAGGGCGACGAGAGCAGCAUGGGCCUGAUCACCUCCCAUCUGGAGAUCGAGACCUCGUUGACCAAGCUCUUCAAGUGCAUGAACCUUGCCUACAGUCAAAAACUCACCUCCCCCAAAUGGAAUCAUUUCAAAGGUGUGCGACUGCGUUGGAAGGACAAAAUCCGUCUCAACAAUGUCAUCUGGCGCUGCUGGCAUAUGCAAUUCAUACAAAAGCGCAGAACCCCGGUGUGUCAAUUCGCAUCGCCGCUGGACGUUGACAUACAUAGUAAUCCUCAAACCGUAGUACUCGAGGGCAAGUACUGGAAACGUCAUUCAGCCGUGAUCAAGGCUGAGUACAGAAAAUGGCGCAAAAAUUAUAGAUCCAAGGCUACGGGCUGUUUAACCUACGACUCGAAAAGCGAGUUGGACUUUUUGGAAUGGUCGCCGCUGAACGAUAGGAACUUGAUGCCAGACGACUGGACAACGGACACCUUGUUCUCGGCCAUAAAUGUUCCAUUUCCUUUCCCCGAUUCCAGGGAAAUUGCACGCGGUGCAGGUAUCGCUGACUUCAUACAGCCCAGUUUGGGUCCCUUGCAACCGAAUUUAGAUGACAUCGACCUGACCUUCUCAGACCUGAUACCAACCACACGCUUGCCACCCGUUCCGGAGGAGGGAACCGAUGCCGAAAUGCUCAAGAACGACGAUUACUGCUUGCCGGCAAUCGUGGGCGCUCCCCAUACACUCUACUGCAACGACAGCAUCAUGGACAUGGUCAACAGCAGCAGCGGCGGUGGCGGUGGUGGCGGCAACGUCGAUGCCAACAUGAUGGAGCUCAACACGCCGAUCAAUAACAUGGCGUACAGUGAAAUGGAGCAGCGCUUCUCUGUGGCGCGACAGCAGGUGCAGCAACAGCAGCAGCAGCAAUCUGUUAACGAUUCCCAGCUCAUUGGAGAUCCCAGCUCAAUGUCCGGUCGGAUGCACGGAGGCAAGCACUUUGGAGCCAUAAACGCCACCGAAAACAGCAGCAGCAACCGGUGCGUGAUCAACGGUCGUGUGGCCAAGAGUACUCAGCGUCCUUUCCGUCGUGAGCCGCACAACUACGACAAGGCCCAGCCGACGCUGCAUCAGACGAACCUCUACCAGCAAAUGCUGGCCGAGCAGCAGAAGAACCAACAACAGCAGCAGCAACAUCUUGGCGGAGGCGUACUUUUGCAGGCGGGUUCCUUUCAGGCUUCGCAGCAACAGCAGCAGCAGCAACUUGCACAGCAGCAGCAGACGCAGCAGCACUUUCCCACGCAGCAGACGAACGCCUUCAACAACCAGCAGGGUUUCCUAGGCAGCUACACGGACAGCUACCAGCAGCAGCAGCAGCAUCAACAGCAGCUCAAUGUGAAAGUGGAACCUUUGCAAACUGAUGUGCUCUCCCUACUGAGCGAUGGUGGCUACAACUCCAUCGGCUACAAGCCCUAUCCGCAGUUUAAGAAGUCCGCCUCGACUGGAACCUUUCUCAAUGUGCCCCGCCUGCCGCAACAGCAACAGCAGCAGCAGCAGCAGGGUUACCUGCAACAGGAGCAACCGCAGCCUCAGAUGCAACAGUCGCUUCCGCUGGGUUUGACUACCCAGCAGCUUCUGCAGCUGACACGCCAGCAGCAGGCAGCCAACACCCAGCAACAGCAGCAGCAGCACCAAACAACAGUGGCCAGUUUGCUGCAGCAGCACCAACAACAGCAGCAGCAGCAGGCCGCUGUUAGCACAGCCACUUGGGUGUCUCCCAACACCGUUUUGCCCAAAGAAAUCCAUCGGUCCAACAGCUUGCCCCUGAACGUGUCGCUUAACAAGCUGCCCGAUGGCCGGCAGCAACUCAUCCACGAGCAGCCAUUCGCCGUGCCCAAGUACCAUGCCAAGGGCAAGUCCCGCGUGCGAAGCAACUCGAUGCACCAACAGCACUCGUCGGUGGUAGCGGCCGCCGGUGCCGGUGGCUCUCCGUUGAGCGCUCAGAGCUGCAGCAACCUCCUGGUCACACAGCAGAUGCAGCAGGCCACCAGCGAUCCCAUGCUGAACAGCACCCUGGCCCAGCUCCUGACUUCGAAUUCCCGCCUGCAGACGGCAGUGGCCAACAGCUCGCAGUCAAAUCCGCAAUCUUCCGCCAGUGCCAUAGCCGCCUCCAGCAACAGCAACGUGUCGCCGGCGCUUUACGCUGCGGUCACAUCACCGCUGUCGGUGCCGGUGUCGGCUCAGCCGACGCAGUCACACUCACCAAAGAAGUCCGCCUCAUUGCCCAUGGCCAUUAUCAGUCCAGCACUGCACAGUCCUCCCGGACACAAUUUUGGUCCUUCUGCUUCCACGGCGGCCAACAUUGGCAGUAGUAGCUGUCUGAGUCUAUCACCGGACUCACCGUUCCACGAGUCGCAGGAUUCACCGCUCUCGCCCUCGACCAGCCUCAACAAGUACCAGCCGAGGGACACCCAGCGACGUGCCGGUCACAUUCAUGCAGAGCAAAAGCGACGCUACAACAUCAAGAACGGCUUCGACACGCUGCAUGCGCUCAUCCCGCAGCUCCAACAGAACCCAAACGCCAAGCUGAGCAAGGCGGCCAUGCUGCAAGGAGCGGACCACAUUAAACAGCUGCGACAGGAGCGCAAUGUGCUCAAAGACAAGAUUGAGUCGUUGCGUAUGGAGCGGGACGAGCUAAACAACUCUCUAACGCAUCUGCACUCCAUUCUGCCGGCAAAUGGAGCGCCAGUCACGAGGCAGGGUACGGAGCACGUUCGUCAGCUGUACGAGAUCUUUGUGCGGUACAAUACCAUGAACGACUGGAAGUUUUGGAUUUUGGGCUUAAUUUUGGAACCACUUCUUGCCUCCUACACGUCGACCGUGUCAAGUGCCAGUCUGGAUGAGCUGCGUCGGACGGCCUUCCUUUGGGUCGAUCAGCACUGUUCUCUCAUCGAUCUGCGACCCGCUGUUACGAAUAAAUUAAAGUACCUAUCCAUGCACACGGAUAUUGUGUCAGAGCCGCCUAGCACUUUGCAGGAGGAGGUGGCCAAGGCCCUUCAAAACUCAAGUGGCCAGCAUCCGAACCUGCAUAGCUCCUAACUGUUGAUGAUGCUGAUGCUGCCCGUGAUAUGAAUUUAUUUAAUUCAAUCUAUAUAUAUAUUUUAAAAAUAUAUCCACAUGAAUUUGUUUCGGCUUAUAAAUUGUACAAAUCGCUAAAUAAGGCGGAUUUUUAUACGAGAAGAAUGGAUUGGCAGCCGGCAAUAGAUAUAGAAAAAUACGCAGAGCAGCAAAUAGUGCCUACAAUCUUUGACUUUAAGCGUAAAAUAAAAGUAAACGAUUUUACAAGUUUUUGACCAUA